UACCAUAUUACAAUACAAAUAUAUCGGAUAAUUCUCAACCUUAUUUUUAUGAAGGAAGUAGUGAACCUUUGACCGAAGACCAGAUUAAUGAAAAUCAAAAACGUUCUUGUACGCAGUGGUUAGACUUUGAUGAUCAAGAAAGGUACCCUACUAAAAUGGCUAAACUUGAUGAAUCAGAAUUAUCGACUUACGGUGGUCCUGAAUUGUUGACUUACAGAGAUCCAAAUUUAUCUUCAUAUAGUGAAUCAGAUUUAUCUUUGUAUGGCGAGUCAGGUUUGUCAUCAUAUGGUGAUCAGGAUUUGUUAGCAUAUGGUGGUCAAAGUUUAUUGUCAUAUGGAGAACCGGGAUUUUCUACCUAUGAUUAUUUACCUUUUAUCGGCGAUAACACGUCUAUAGACAAGCAAUUUGAAAUUGAUGAACAAGUGAUUAAACCAUAUAAGCUUGAUGACCUUCCAUCCUUACAAGUAACCAAUCAGUAUGAACAAACACCUUUACAAGUGGCCAACCAAUAUGAAGCUGAAGAGCAAAUGUCUUCACAAGACACUAUUCAAUUUGAUAUUGAAGACGAAAUACCUUUACAAGAUAUCAAUCUGUAUAAAGUUGAAGCGCAAACACCUUUACAAGAAAUUAAUCAAUAUAAAGUUGAAAAUCAAACGCCUUUACAAGAGAUAAAUCGGUAUAAAGUUGAAGAUCAAGCACCUUUACAAGAGUAUAAAGUUGAGGAACUAACACCUUUGCAAAGGAAUAAUCAGUAUCAAGUUGAAGAGAUUGAAGUGUAUAACAUUAGCGAUCAAUCAUCUUUACAGGAGGCUGAACAGUUUGAAAUUAAUGAUAACUCAACUUUACAGGAGACUAAAAAAAUUAAUAUUAGUGAUCUAUUAUCUUCGCCAGAUACCAUGCAGUACGACGUUAAUGAUAUAUUAUCUUCACAUGGGGCUAAGCAAUACGAAAUUGAUGAAAAAUCGUCUUUACGAGAUACUAAACCAUAUGCAAUUGAAGUGAAAUCACCUUUACCAGAUAUUAAACCAUAUAUAAUUGAAGUGAAAUCACCAUUACAAGACAUUAAACCAUAUAUAAUCGAAGGGAAAUCACCUUUAUACGAUAUUAAACCGUAUCAGCAAGAUGUCAAACCGCAACUUACCCUGGAUUCUGAGUGUGAAAUAGAGGUUAUCGAUCUUACAGAAGAUGAUGACCCUCCGACGACCUCAACACCCUCAACAUCAUCAACACUCGUAGAUAAAAUUAAACAGGAACCCUCACCUUUUACAUCUUCCUUACCUUUUACUUCUAUAUUGCCCACUACCAAUAACGCUGUAUUUCAAACUGCUUAUAACAUUUUGUCUCAAAAUGUUAAUAGUCCUUUAUCAUCUAAUGUUAAUAACAAUUUAUUGCACAAUUUCAAAAAUCCUCCUUUGCUCAAUGAAACUAAGCCAAAUAUGCUCGAAAAUAGGCCAGGCAGUUAUUCAAGAUCUAUAAAUCUUCAAGAUCUUUUGGAUAUGAUACCUCUGGACGAAUCUGUUAAUACUCCUGUUGGAGAAGCCAUGCGUAAAAUAAAAGCUCGCAACGGGAUUGUUCCUGGCUUAUCCAUCCAGCUGAUGGAUCAUCAAGUAAUUGGUGUUUCUUGGAUGGUGGAUCAAGAAAUAAAAGAAAAGGUUAGAGGUGGUAUUCUCGCUGAUGACAUGGGAUUAGGCAAGACCGUCCAAACCAUAGCGACUUUAGUGUUAAAUCGUCCCGAUACAAAAAAAUCGAGAUCCGCGAAAUCGACACUAAUAGUUGCCCCAACAGCCCUUAUUUAUCAAUGGAAAAGUGAAAUUUUAAGUAAAACUGAACAAGGUAUCUCUCAAAAUUUCGUUGGUAGUAAGCCAAGUUUUCAUAAUUUGAAAAAAUACGACGUAGUAAUUACAACCUAUCAAACUCUCCUUCGUGAGUGUCCCGAAACUGAAGAGGAUGAUAGAGGUUCUUUAUUCAGAAUGGAUUGGUUCAGAGUAGUUUUGGACGAUGAUCUUUAUCCUUAUUUCCGUUUCCUCGAUAUUGCAAAUUUUUCGGAUUGGCAAACGUUCCAUGAACAACUUAGCUCUGCAUCGCAAAGAGCUAUACAAAAAGCACAAACUAUUCUUCGUGGAAUCCUUUUGCGUAGGACAAAGGAUUCUAAAUUGGAUGGAAGACCGUUGUUGCAACUUCCCACAAAAACAGUAAAUUUCGUUAAACAAGAUUUUUCACGAGAUGAAAGAGAAUUUUAUGAUGCAAAUCUUGAAGAAAACUUUCUUUUGAGUAACACGAUCGAAUAUAAAUUAAAAUUAAGGACACAAGAAGAUAUUGGACACGUUAUUACAUCGGCUGGUGAUCAGAGAUUGUUACGUCAUCCACCAUCAAAUACCCAUGCCCAAGAGAAAAAUACACCUAAUCAAUUUGAACGGGCCAAAAAAAUCUUGUCUGCGAAAGUAAUUGCCCGAUUGUUUGAGGAAUAUAAGGAUAAUGAUUGCAUUAAACGUUCCAUUGAUUCGGAAAAUAAAGAAAAUGUUAUUGACAUUGAGGACAAAACGGAACGUGACUUUAUUAGUUUAGACGUGUUUAUUCCACCUAAAAAGAGUGAACCGCAGGAUGAUGAUGAUCUUGAUCUUCCUACUCUUGCCGAAUCUUUAAAAGCCAUUUCAAGCUCCUUUACUGGAUCCGAUGUUGAUGAUGUCUUACCAUCUUCUGAAAAGGAAGCUUCUGAAAAAAAGAAUAAUUUUGCGACCAACAACACAUUUGCCAAUGCACCUGAAGGUUCAUUUAUGUCUUCCACUAAAAUAGAUCAAUUAAUGAAGGAAUUAGCUACCGCACAAGAAGAAGAACCCGGUUGUAAAACUAUUGUUUUCUCGCAAUGGACUUCUAUGCUGGAUUUAGUUGAAAAGCCUAUUAAACAAUACGACGGUACUAUGGAUGUUAAAGAACGUGACAAUGCUUUAAGAAAAUUGAUACAAGAUUCUGAAGUUACAAUUAUGCUUGUUUCUUUGAAAGCUG